CAACACCACUGAUAAAUCUUCCGACGACUUACACAUCAAAGCGCUAAGUCGUCGCGAAGAAAUACCAGAAGUGGUACAUAUAACACAUCUCACAAAACCCGAGUCGAUCUACCAUCUUCGGCUCGGGUUUGCGUACUUGGCUUCGAACCCCUUCGCGACGAAAUGGUAUUUGUGGUUGAUGUGGCCCGUGACAGCGUGGUCCAUGACCCUCACAUGGGUCUAUGGUCGAACCUUCAUUGUUGAGAGGAACCAAUUGGACAAACUUAACCUUCAAACUUGGGCGAUCCCAAAGUACAGUGUCCAGUAUUGAUGCAAUGGCAAAAUGUGGCUAUCAACAAAAUGAUUGAGGAAGCAAUUUUGGAAGCAGACAAAAAAGGCACAAAAGUGGUGAGCCUAGGCCUAAUGAAUCAAGGAGAAGAACUCAACAUAUAUGGAGGCUUAUAUGUUAGUAGGCAUCCAAAGCUAAAAGUGAAAAUUGUUGAUGGAAGCAGCCUUGUAGUUGCUCUUGUUCUUAACACUAUUCCUAAAGGAACAACUCAAGUUUUACUUAGGGGAAAACUUAAUAAGGUUGCUUAUGCCAUUGCCUUCAAAUUGUGCCAACAAGGCAUUAAGGUUGCUACAAUGCAUGAGGAUGAUUAUGUGAAGCUCAAGAAGUCGUUUAACAGCUCUGAAGCUAAUUUGGUCGUUGCCCUAAAUUUCACUCAGACGGUAUGGUUAGUGGGAGAAGGAUUGACAGAAGAGGAAGAGAUGAAGGCACCAAAAGGAACAUUAUUUAUUCCAUAUUCUCAGUUCCCUCCAAAGAAAUAUCGAAAAGAUUGCUCAUACCAUUACACCCCAUCAAUGGUUGCUCCAAAUUCUGUUGAAAAUCUUCACUCUUGCGAGGAUUGGUUGCCAAGGAGGGUGAUGAGUGCAUGGCGCAUAGCUGGAAUAGUACACUCAUUAGAAGCAUGGAAUGAACAUGAAUGUGGCUACACUAUGCACAACAUUGACAUGGUUUGGAAUGCAACUCUUCAACAUGGUUUCCAACCUCUCAAUCUCCCUAAUCAUACAGUAAUUACUUAAUUAAUUAUAUUACCCCAUAUACUUAAUUAAUAUAAUCAAUGCUUUGUGGCUGGGUAUUAUUCCCAGCUAGUAGUUAUUGCCUUACGUUUCUUAAUUACAAUCAAAUUAAGUAUGGUAUGCUAUGUAUUGUGCUGAAGUUAAUUAAUUAUAAGCAAGUGAUGAUGGCUGGAUAUUUGGUCGUAGUUAUCUA